AUUUAUCCGAUCUAAAUCGCGUCCUUGCUAAUCCCAGAGUCCACCGGUUUUUCUCCAGCGAAGCCCCGAAAAAGAAGAAUUAUGAGAACUACUAUCCGAAGGGAAGGAAGGAAGUUCCAAAAGGAAAUGAACAAAAAUCAGAGUCCAAAGGUAGAUUUGUUUUUUCUCCAUGGUACUAAUUUCUAUGUGUGCAUUGAAAUCUUUGUUUUGGUCCGCCUUUUUGUCUUAUACCCUUUCCAUUGAAUUGAUAUGUCGAGUGGUUUCAUUCUGAUAAUCAGUUAUAUAGAAUUUUACAUUUGAGGUGACCAUUCACUGUCGAUCUUUGCUGCAUCAUUUGUUGUUUGAUGAACAACAUUAACCAUCGGCUUAUGUCCCAAAAGGGAUCAUUUCAAGACAUCCUAGCCCUCGAAGAGUCAUGGCACACAGCAGGGUGACGAAGAGCUAUAAAUCUUCCUCGAAAAAGAAGGGGAUUCGAACACAGACGAUAAUCAGGAAACUUUCAUGAAGCAGUUCCAGAAUUUGAUCACGCCCUUGGUCGUGAUUGGACUGUUCCUUUCCUCCUUUUCUUUUGGUCCUCGUGAACAACAGCAGAUUAGCUUUCAAGAGUUCAAAAACAAGCUUCUGGAACCAGGCUUGGUGGACCAUAUAGUUAUUUCUAACAAAUCUGUAGCAAAAGUGUUUGUAAGAAAUUCACCAUCAAGUCAAACAAUUGAUGAGGUCAGCGAUGGACCCAAGAGCAGCAAUGGCAAUGUUGCGAGAGGGCAUGGAGGUCAGUAUAAGUACUACUUCAAUAUCGGAAGUGUUGAAUCUUUUGAAGAGAAAUUGGAGGAAGCCCAAGAAGCAUUAGGUGUGGACCCCCACGAUUAUGUUCCUGUCACUUAUGUCUCUGAGAUGCUCUGGUACCAAGAGAUAUUGAGAUUUGCACCGACUCUCCUGCUUUUGGGAUCCCUCUUGUACAUGGGGCGGAGAAUGCAAGGUGGCCUCGGUGUUGGUGGCGGUAGUGGGAGGGGUGCUCGGGGUAUAUUUAACAUCGGAAAGGCUCAUGUUACUAAAGUGGAUAAAAAUGCCAAGAACAAGGUAUUCUUUAAAGACGUCGCCGGCUGUGAUGAAGCUAAGCAAGAAAUUAUGGAGUUUGUACAUUUUCUCAAUAAUCCGAAGAAAUAUGAAGAAUUGGGAGCAAAGAUUCCGAAAGGCGCCCUUCUUGUUGGUCCCCCAGGUACAGGGAAGACUCUUUUAGCGAAAGCAACUGCUGGAGAGUCUGGCGUGCCGUUCCUAUCUAUAUCAGGUUCCGAUUUUAUGGAGAUGUUUGUUGGUGUUGGGCCUUCGAGAGUGAGAAACUUAUUUCAAGAAGCAAGACAGUGUGCUCCUAGCAUAAUAUUUAUUGAUGAAAUUGAUGCAAUUGGUCGAGCGAGAGGACGUGGAGGUUUUUCAGGUGGCAAUGAUGAGCGUGAGAGCACACUCAACCAGUUGCUCGUAGAAAUGGACGGCUUUGGUACCACCUCAGGGGUAGUUGUGCUUGCUGGCACUAAUAGGCCUGACAUCUUGGACAAAGCCUUGUUGAGGCCUGGUCGAUUCGAUAGGCAAAUCUCCAUUGAUAAACCUGAUAUCAAAGGCCGUGAACAAAUAUUCCAGAUAUACCUGAAAAAGAUUAAGCUUGAUCAUGAACCUUUGUAUUAUUCACAAAGGCUUGCAGCCCUUACACCUGGAUUUGCUGGAGCGGACAUAGCUAAUGUUGGUAAUGAAGCUGCUCUCAUUGCUGCCAGGAACGAGUCAACUGUGGUCACCAUGGAACAUUUUGAGGCAGCUAUAGAUAGGAUUAUAGGUGGUUUGGAGAAGAAGAACAGGGUAAUAAGCAAACUAGAGCGUCGCACAGUUGCAUAUCAUGAGUCAGGUCAUGCUGUGGCUGGUUGGUUCUUGGAGCAUACGGAGCCUUUACUGAAAGUGACAAUAGUCCCUCGCGGCACUGCUGCUCUAGGAUUUGCCCAAUAUGUGCCUAAUGAGAAUCUUCUCAUGACCAAGGAACAGCUUUUCGACAUGACAUGUAUGACCCUUGGCGGACGAGCAGCUGAACAGGUUUUGUUGGGUAAAAUAUCAACGGGAGCUCAAAAUGACUUGGAGAAGGUGACGAAAAUGACCUAUGCCCAGGUAGCAAUAUAUGGCUUCAGCGACAAGGUGGGACUCCUGUCCUUUCCUCAGAGAGAAGAUGGAUCUGAGAUGACCAAGCCCUACAGCAGCAAGACUGCAGCACUUAUUGAUGGCGAGGUGCGUGAGUGGGUAAACAAGGCAUAUGAGUGUACAUUGGAGCUAAUAACGGAGCACAAAGAGCAUGUUGCUCAGAUUGCUGAGCUGUUGCUCGAAAAGGAAGUUCUUCAUCAGGAAGAUUUGCUUCGUGUUUUAGGCGAGCGACCAUUUAAAUCGAGUGAAAUGACCAACUAUGACAGAUAUAAGCUAGGGUUUGAAGAGGAAGAGAAGAGUACAGAGACUCCAGAGACUGGUGCAGUGGAGGAUGACGAAUCGCCUCGUCCUUUGGAUCCACAGGUAGUCCCAACUUAGUUCUAAGGAAUUCUAGCUGAGACUAUUUUUGUAAAUGAUUUGGAUCGUUUCCCCGAAGUCUUUGCUGGAGCAAAAAGAGAAAACAAAGCUGUACAUUGCAUUACAGUGUUCUAUAUUAAUCUUCUGAAAUAAUUCUGAAAGAAA